AUUAGAAAUAUGUGGAUAAAGUUUGUAAUAAUUUUCGUCUCUUACGUGAAUUUUGAGCGUUUAAUAGGCAUUUGUAAAUUAGAUCAAAACAAAACGCUAUAUUCGAUAAUAUGAUAGCAAAGAUUGCAGGAUGGUUUGGUUUGAUUAGCGUAAUAAUCACCGGUUUAUUUGGAAUUGGAAUCUAUUUUUCUUUACUGUUGUUUAUUGUUUCUUUCAUACUCGGUGUAUUGACAUUCCUGUAUUGCGUUUAUGAUAAAAAAAUAUUUUCUGUUGAUAUAGACAGUCCUGAUGAUCCAUUACAAUGUAAUAAUUUCUCUAUUACUCUUCCUAAGGUUCUAGAAGAGUUUCAAAAAGAGGUACCUUUAUUAAAAUUUGAUAGUAGAAUAACAGGAAGUGAAACUGUAGAUUCAUUUCUAAAUGAAAUAAUUGUAAUAAUUAUAAAUGAUUAUGUUACACCAUGGUAUGAGAUUUUGACAAAUGAUGAUGAGUUCACUAAGCAUGCAAUAAAACGUUUGGUGCUUGCUACUGGUGCUAAUGUAGUUAAUAGGAUAAAAUGUGUGGAUUGGAUUAAUUUGCUCUCAACAAGAUUUCCUGAAGAACUAACAACUCAUUUGAAGAUGUUUAAGCAAUCAAGAGUUCGCCUGAAACAUGUAGAGUUAAUGAAUGCCAAAGAAUCAGCAAAUGAUACUGCUAAACUAAGUCCAAAAAGGGAUGAGAAGAAAACACACAGAAGGAACAAGAGUGAAACAGAUUUAUCUUGGUUGCCAGACUCUCAAAUAUUUGGUAAAUCAAAAUUUUAUGAUAGCUCUGAAAAUAUUACAGGGAAAACAUUAAAAGAUAUAUUUUUUGAACUUGAAUGUGCUAUAGAAAAUAAACAAAUGUGUAGAGAUGUGUUCUGUGAUGAUACAGAUAAAGAAUAUGAGCUCCUUUGUGAGGUAUCUGAAGCUAUAUUGUAUUUGGUAGCUCCAGAAGAAGCAUGGGGAUGUCAUGCAAUGAAGACGAUUUUGAUUGAUCUUUUAUCAGCCGUUGUUUUACGCCCCAUAAUCAGCUUAAUGAGUGACCCUGAUAAUAUCAACAGAAUGAUCAUAAAAUCUUGUUGCAAAGAUUCAAUACUUCCAUCAGAACUGUUUUUGAUAGUCAUAAGAAGCUGCGGGGAUGCUGAAGAGUUGGACGCAACUUUAGAAUUAGUAGAAAAGGAUAUACAGAAACUACAUUCUAAAGACAGCGCCGGCGAAUGGGAGCUUCAGGAUCGUCAGAAAUUAUCCUCGUUACAGUACGUGACCAGGAUAAUACAGGCCAGAAGGGCUACGUUAGGUCCUCAAGAAGGUACUCUGAAUAAUUUGAAUACACAAAAAAUGUCCGAGGAAAUUGCGAGAACAUUGAAGUUUUUGAGAGCAACAGCAGCGUGGAAGUCUAACGCGCAAUAUUUACUAGAGAUAGAGCUCCAUGAGUCAGACGCUCCGCACACAUCGAAAGAGGUCAUAGACAACUUACGUUCGUCCGCACUCGAGUUGUGCGAUCUGUUUUUAUCGCCCAACAAACCGCCGGUAAUGGGCGUGCCGGAGAACUGUUAUUCGGAACUCGUCCGUAAAAUCACAACUGAAGGAGAGGAAUUUACGAACAAUCCAGUUGUGUGUUUUGACGAGCUGCAGAAAUGCGUCUGCGAUGCUUUAGAGGACGAUCCUUCUUGGCAAGCGGAUUUUAUGAUGGAAACUGAGGAUGGUACUUACAGAAGUAAUAGUGACCUGAAAACCGAUCCAAAAUCGGACACUAAAAAGUACAGCGGACCCUCAAGUUUGACAGCUAACUCCAGCUUGUCGAUGUCGCACACGGAAAUCAGUAGGAAAGCCAAAAAUUUACUGUCACCGCUAUCGGCUUGUAUCAUAGAAACAGCACUAGUACAAGACAAAGGUCGAGCCUUUGGUAUAUACGCCAUAGCCGUUACGAGACUUUCAGACAACGAGGUGUGGCACAUAUAUAGGAGAUACAGUGAUUUCUAUGACCUGCAUUGCUCUAUUAAAGAAAAAUGGCCAGAACUUGGGAACGUUCCAUUUCCGGCUAAAAAAACGUUUCAGAAUACGUCACGAGUAGUUUUGGAGAACAGGAAACGGAUACUGAACGGCUACCUUCAGACUCUGGCCAGCCUUUCGAGGGAGGCAAAGUACAUGGCGCUGCUGUCGCGGGACUACUUGGGGGGAUUCCUCAGUCCGGUCAAUCAAACCGAAAAACAUAGUAAUACGAUCGAUGCGCUUCUCGUGAACCCCCUGAGAGCCGGAAUGAGGACAUUGAAAAAUAUGCCGGAUCAGUUCGUGAACACUGUCGACGGAGUUAUGGACGGAAUCUCAAAGGUCUUCCAAGGAAAGAACACUGAAAAUUACUAUGACGGCAUUAAAACCGGCAACGCGACCGACGGACAAGACGACGGCGAUGAAAGCAUGGCGCUGAAGCUCUUGGAAGAAGUGCUUGGCAUCCGAGGGUUGUGGCUCAGACGUCGACUACUUGCACCACUCAGAACCCUCAUUGCGGAUCGCGUGAACAGGAAAGUUUUAGAACUGGUAUCGUCGUUGACGUCACCUCGCAACGUGGUUCAGUAUUUGAAAACGUUCAAGCAAUGGUUAACUAGCCGACACAGUGCCAGUUACAGCGAAAGGGAUGCGGCGACUAAAGCGAGAACUAGGGUUGCCGCUAAAGUUGCAUUGCUCUCGGCCUGCUCUGAUGAUCUCAAACAUAUAGUCGGUACAGAUUCAGCACGAAGAGGUCUCCUCACAGUAUUCGAUUUAUUCCAAAUACAAGAAAUCAACAGACGCUUAAUAUUCGUUUUGUUGGAAGUAACCCUAACCAAUCUCUUUCCCGACAACAACAUACAAGGUCUCUUCAAGAAACUUUACUCGAAUUCUCCUAGAGUAUCAGCGCCGAAGAAGAAUUCUGUUAUAUGAAAAAUACUCAACAUUUUGUGUUCUGAUACGAUUCAGAUUGGGACUAUUUAACUGUUAAAUUGAAAUGAAAAGUUAAAAAAAAAUUGAUUCUAAAUAAAAAGGACACCCUUUAUGCAAAUAUAGUCAGAUAGAAUAUACAGGGUGUGAAAUCAUCAUUCACGAAAUCGAAAUGCGAUUAAAUGAAAAACUUAACGUGAAGGGAUAACAAUAUUAUUUUACUACGCAAUGCAUAGUUACUUUUUUAGUCAGUUCAUAAAUAAAUAAAUAAUAAAUAUUUACUAACAAUCACGCCACGUUAACUGGUCCCGUGGUAAGUUCGUAAAGAACUUGUGUUACAGGUACCA